AACCAGGUCAAACGGAAAGCCGGCGGACACCAAAUGCGCCGCCCGUCCUCGGACCUUGCAUAAAUAGGAACAGCAACCACUUGGCAGCCUCGCACUGUUCUCUGCUUCGAGCCUCCGAUCCCCCACUUUCAUCUUCAAGAGAUUUUUGCCCUGAACUGGGUGAUGGCGUGGCCACAGUUCAUGUCUUCGUCGUUUCCCUCUUCGGCCAAUACGGAACACAGUUUGAAACCCUCGAUUUACUUCCUCAAUGCAGCCGCCGAUCUGCCGGCGAACAACGGGUUCCGAUCGGGGGGCGUAGAAGAACAUCUUCUUCGAAAUCUGUGCGAAGGAGAGGCCGCCGGAAAUUGUACGGAGGUUUCUGGUGGGGAUGAAUCGGCGUUCAGGGAGGUGACUUUGGAGGAUUACUUGACUAAAGCUAGAGUAGUGAGAACAGAGGAUUUGAAGACAGCGGCGGCUGCGAGUGAUCGAAUUGGGCAAGAGGAGUUGGAGGAAACGGGGAAUCAGAUGGUGGGGAUUGCGGGUGGAGGAGCGGAGAGAGGAAGGGGGAGGAAGAGGUCGGCCGUAGAUUCGGUGGAUAGAGCGGCAUUGCAGAGGCAGAAGAGGAUGAUUAAGAACAGGGAGUCGGCGGCGAGGUCUAGGGAAAGAAAGCAGCAAUACACGAAUCAACUGGAGCAGACAGUGUUCAAGCUGGAGGAGGAGAAUGCUAUCCUUCUCAAGGAACGGGAAGAUCUUCUAAACUGGAGGUUUCAACAGCUUGUGGAAAAUGUGAUCCCGGUCGCUGAGCGGGAGAAAUCAACGAGGGCUCUGUUGAGAACUAAUUCCUUCCCAUAACAAAGGCUGGCGCAGCAGCAAAUGCAUUAGAAACCGAAUUGGCAAGUGCGAAAUCACUUUUUUAGCCAUGGAAUCGUAUAGAAAAUAGUUAACGGAAGAACCCGCUUAAGAAUUAGCAACGAAAAGAGAAAACCCUAAACGGUCACCGUAAGCAAAUUGGCUUUGGAAAGUAACGUUGUAGUCAGAUUUGGUGAUUUCUUAUGUUCCUACGUUACAUUAGU